AUGGCUGACCCCAGCCACAUCCAAUCAGCUGCUUCCAAGAGCAUCCGUCCCUUCCGCUCCAGCGAGGAGUACCUGGAGGCCAUGAAGGAGGACCUGGCCGAGUGGUUCAACACCCUCUACGACCUGGACAUUCAGGUGGACACUUUCCUGGAGAGCCUGGAGACCGGUUGUCACCUCUGCCGUCACGCCAACCACGUCAACCGCGCCGCCCUGGAAUUCCAGCAGCAACACCCCCAGGUGGCCGCCGGGAUGCGGGUCCCUCAGAACGAGGUGGUUUUCCAAGCCAGGAACGUGGUGCCCGGAUCCUUCAUCGCCAGGGAUAACGUGUCCAACUUCAUCCAGUGGUGCCGGCAGGACCUGGGCAUCCAGGAUGUCCUGAUGUUCGAGACCAACGACUUGGUGCUGAAGAAGAACGAGAAGAACUUUGUCCUCUGCUUGUUGGAGGUGGCCAGGAGGGGCUCCAAGUUUGGCAUGUUGGCCCCCAUGCUGAUCCAGAUGGAGGAGGAGAUCGAGGAGGAGAUGAGGGACCAAAUGGGAGGUGACGAGGCGCUGGGAACGCGCCGGGAGAGCCGGGACCCCCGGGUGCCCCCCUGCCCUGGCAGGGCCCGGCCCGUGGCCCUCUGUGACCUGAAGAACCUGGAUGAGCUGGUGCGGGAGAUCCUGGGCUGCUGCUCCUGCCCAUCCCAGUUCCCCAUGGUCAAGGUCUCCGAGGGUAAAUACAAAGUGGGUGACUCCAGCACCCUCAUCUUCGUGCGG